GGCUUCAGUGGUAGAUGUAGAUGUAUACUGUAUAUAGUUUAAAGUCUGUAGUUGUGUGUUAUAGCAUGAUGAGGAUCUGGUUUGGACAGAAAACAAACCCACAGGAUUUGCAUUGUGGUUUGAUGGGGAUGGACAGGAAACGGAUGAAAUAAAAAUAAUCCUCAAUGGGGACAUUUGCAAUAUAACAGCAGCAAGAGUCAAACAUAGGCAUCACUCUACACAGUAUCCCAAUAACCAUGGCCAUAGGCAGCGAUAGUCCAGCUUCUUCAUAUUAAGGCAGAGUGUGUGGAAGAGGAGGUGGUGGCGGUGGCAUGCGUAUGGGCAGUAGCUGGAGGUGGCAGAUUUCCCGGGCCAUGCGACUCGCACUGCGCUGGUGCCGGCUGUGCCGCCUGCAGAGAGGAGGGAACAAAGUUCGGCUCAGCGGGAGGUUGUCGGAGCUGUGGAAGUACAGCAAACUGCUGCUCAAGUCCCUGUAUUACAACAGCCUCAGCAACUCGGACACGAUGCUGGACUGUGUGUUUGAACCCGUCUACUGGAUCGUGGACAACGUGACCCGCUGGUUUGGAUUGGUGUUCGUCUGUCUGGUCAUUCUCCUGACCACCUCAGUCGUGGUGGUCAUCUACCUGUUCGUCCUGCCCACGAUCCUCAGCACGUACCCGGUGCACUGGGUGGUCUGGCACCUCUGCUAUGGCCACUGGCUCCUUGUUAUGGUGGUCUUCCAUUACUACAAGGCUACCACCACGGCUCCUGGACACCCGCCCAAGGACAAAACUCAAAUCCCCUCAGUGUCCAUUUGUAAGAAAUGCAUCAAUCCAAAACCGCCCAGGACGCACCACUGUAGCAUCUGCAACAUGUGUGUUUUGAAGAUGGACCACCACUGUCCCUGGCUGAACAACUGUGUGGGCCAUUUCAACCAGCGCUACUUCUUCUCCUUCUGCCUCUACAUGACCCUGGGCUGCCUCUACUGCAGCUUCAGCAGCAAGGAAAUGUUUCUUGAGGCAUACAGCGUUAUAGAGACUUAUUAUCAGACCCCAACCCCGGACUACACCUUAAGAGAAACCACGGCUCAGAAGAGUGUCAUCUACCUCUGGGUACUGACCAGCUCGGUGUCAGUAGCUCUGGGAGGACUCACCCUGUGGCACACAAUACUCAUCUGCCGAGGGGAGACCAGCGUGGAGCGCCACAUCAACCGCAAAGAGACCAGAAGACUCCGGGAGAAGGGCAAGGUGUUCAGAAACCCUUACCAUCACGGCAAUAUGAACAACUGGAAGAUACUGCUCGGUGUGGAGAAAAGAAGUCACUGGCUCACACGGGUCCUGCUACCCUCCAGUCAUCUUCCCCACGGGGACGGCGUCAUGUGGGACUGCACCUUCACCAGGAGAGACCCCAUGGCCAUCUGACCCCCACCGCUUCAUUUUAUUAAGAUGCUUUGCUGUGUAAAGGUGUUUGCGGACAUAACAACUCGUCAUACCAUCACCGUCUCACUGUCGGCAGCCUUGUGAGGUCGGGGUAGACCUUCAUCCUGGGACUGUAGCGCUAUCGGCUGAAUUGAUUUACAGAAGGUGCUGCUGGCCAGCACACACCUCUGUCUCCUUAUGCUCGACCAGUCGCAAAGACUGAUGGAUUUCUGCGCAUUUCUUGCACCAGCACUACAGCCUCACACGUGUAAGAGUGUGAUGUGGGAGCACCGAUAGGAGAAGGGGAAGUAUGGGAGGCGAUGGAGAUCAUAUCAAGUAACGGCAUCUUAACGGUGCCAUGUGUUGUAUUUUACAACUAAAACCAAACUUAAUAGAAAAACUAACAUGUGUGUGUAUUUAUCAGUGUGAUAACUACCUAAAGAAGAAGGUCCUGAAAGAUUUCUGAAAACUGUGUGACUUCUAGAUCCAAUGUUGUCAGAACCAUUUCAUCCUGUAGAUUUGAGCUGAGGUUGUUGAAAACAGACAGGAAGCAGAAACGAGAGGAGAAUGAAACAUCAGACUAGAUUUCAUUAAAGUCUGUUCAGAGAUGCUAAAAAGCUAAGGACAGCACCUUUGAUAACUGACACUGUAUCCCUGACAUGUCAUCACAGAACUGAGCCUAAACCUUGUCUGCUUAUUUAAGAAAGAGUUUGUCUUAAUGAGAUGCUUUUUUAAUGUUAAAUGAUCUUGUUUGAUUAAUUUCCUAUGAUUAUUUAAAAUGUCUUUUUCAAAAGCUAUUUCUCUCAUGAACUACUCUGUUAACACCUGCAGUGUUUAGUGGAGAUGUUGGGGCGAGUCCCGAUCUUAGGAACCACAGAUAUGAACUGAUCUUCUGGUGCCGAAGAGUUUGAUCUAUUUCUCUUAAAAUGUUUGACUUGAAUCUUUUGCUCCCUACAAUGAGGUGAAGAAGAAAGAACAGGUAUGUUGCGUGCCUUGUUUGGGGGUUCAGCCUUUAAACGUAGGCAAUUUAAUUAAGUGAGAAAAAGUCACUGUGAAUUCCAUUUUUAUUUUCACCCCAACUUCAAGGAGUUGAAUCUGUAGUUGCCAUAGAAACAUGACAUCCCUGUGUGUAACCAAAGGGAGCUGUGCUCCAGUUAGAUUGUUCUUUCUCUCUUUUAAAAAAAAAAUAAAACAAGUGUUUGAUA